CCCUCCCCUCAACCUGGGUCUCGGGGUGCAGGCCGGGGGCCACACCCACAAGGGACCAGGGGGCAAAAGGUGCCGCCGAGGCGGCGGAGGUUCACGCCAACCUUGUCGGGGCAAUGUUUGAACAGUCCGUGUUGCGGGAGGGCUCGAUAAAUCCGUGAGCGGAUGUCAGAACCUCCGCUGCCCAUGGGCGAAGGAAGGUGUCAGAGUUCAGAAGGGAGCGAGGAGGAACAGCAGAGUCCCCGGCUGGUCCUGGGAGGGGAGCGGACGGGGGCCACGAUGAAGGACUCGGAGGGGAAGAGCGAAAGGACCUUCAAGGAGAGGCUCGUCCUCAAGAGCCGCCUGGCGAAGGAGAGUCUCUCCGAGUUCCUGGGGACCCUCAUCAUGAUCGUGCUCGGGUGUGGGUCCGUGGCCCAAGCCGUCCUCAGCCGGGGGCAGCUGGGCAACAUAGUGACCAUCAAUGUGGGUUUUGCCAUGGCCGUGGUCAUGGCCAUUUAUGUGACCGGGGGCAUAUCCGGCGGCCACAUCAACCCGGCCGUGUCCUUCGCCAUGUGCCUCUCUGGCCGGAUGUCUUGGCUCAAGCUGCCAUUCUACGUGGCGGCCCAGUUCCUCGGGGCUUUCACCGGGGCCGCCUUGCUCUUCGGCAUCUACUACGAUGCCCUCAUGGCCUUCGCCGAAGGAGAGCUACUCAUCACCGGAGAAAAUGCCACGGCCUUCAUCUUUGCCACAUACCCGGCCGGGUACCUGUCCCCGGCAAACGCGUUCGUGGACCAAGUGGCGUCCACCACUUUCCUGAUCCUGGUGAUCUUCGCCGUCUUCGACACCAGGAACCUGGGGGUGCCCAGGGGCCUGGAGCCGAUCGUCAUCGGACUGCUCAUCGUUGUUCUUGCGUCCUCUCUGGGGCUGAACAGCGGCUGUGCCAUGAACCCGGCCCGGGACCUGGGCCCCAGGGUCUUCACCGCGGUGGCCGGGUGGGGGCUGGAGGUCUUCACAGCUGGAAACCACUUCUGGUGGAUCCCGGUGGUGGGGCCGAUGGUGGGAGCAGUCUUGGGCGUGCUGGUCUACCAGCUGUGCAUCGCCAUCCAGCUCCCCCAGCCGGAGGCGGAGCAGGAGGGACAGGUCAUGACCAAGAUGGAGAAAUACGAACUCAGCGUCAUGAUGUAGAGCGGAGGCCCUGGGGUCCGGUCUCCCCGGGGGCUGACCCCAGCCGGAGUGUGAGAAGACAUCGGGCCCCUCCAUCCCGACCUGCCUUCUCCCUGGAAUCCCGGCCCCAGCUCUCCCUGGAUCCGGCGAGCCCAACGCCCCGCCAAGAUCCGGGCCCGGCUGGAGGAAGGGGCUCAGCCUGCCAACUUGUCUCUCCUCCUCUGGCCCUCUCUGUGGGAACACGGUGGGUGGAUGGUGGGCGGCUGGGGUUAGGGGGGCAUCUCGCCAGCGGAAGCUCCCGGAAUUCCAUCUGUUGUCCGGACGGACCCCGAACUUUCAUUCAUUCGUUCAGUCUUAUUUAUUGAGUGCUUACUGUGUGCAGAGCACUGUACUAAGCACUUGGGAGAGUACAAUACGGCAAUAAAGAGUGACAAUACCUGCCC